GCCAGCCAGCCAUCGAUCGAUCCAGCCAGCGCCACCACCCCAACGAACGCGUACACCACCAACGACGCCGACCACUUCCCAGGGAGGGAACCACACGACCCACCCGACCCCGAGACCCGACCGCCCCCGAGGGCGAGGGCGAGGGCGAGCCGGCCGCGGCGGGGGAUCCCCUCGGCGCCGGCCAUGGGCGCGGCCACCCCGGCGAUGUGGGCCGGGCUGGUGCUGGCGGCGAUGUUGUUAUUGGCCCAAUCGGGGCCGGCGGCGGCGGCGGGGCUGCCGAGGUUCGCCGAGGCGCCCGAGUACCGGAACGGGGAGGGGUGCCUGGCGCCCGUGGCCGGCGCGGGGGUCUGCGACCCGGGCCUCGUCCACAUCGCCAUGACGCUCGACGCGCACUACCUCCGGGGCUCCAUGGCGGCCAUCUACUCGCUGCUCAAGCACGCCUCCUGCCCGGAGUCGCUCUUCUUCCACUUCCUCGCCGCGGAGGGCGGCGGCGCGCCGCCGGUCGCCGACCUCCGGGCCGCCGUCGCCGCCUCGUUCCCCUCGCUGCGCUUCGAGAUCUACCCGUUCCGCGCCGACGCGGUCGCCGGGCUCAUCUCCGCCUCCGUGCGCGCCGCGCUCGAGGCCCCUCUCAACUACGCGCGGAACCACCUCGCCGACCUGCUCCCGCGCUGCGUGCCGCGCGCGAUAUACCUCGACUCCGACGUGCUCGCCGUCGACGACGUGCGCAGGCUCUGGGAGACGCGCCUGCCCGCCGCCGCGGUCGUCGCCGCGCCAGAGUACUGCCACGCCAACUUCUCCCGUUACUUCACCGAGGCCUUCUGGAACGACCCCGUCCUCGGCGCGCGGGUCUUCGCCGGGCGCCGCCGCGCGCCCUGCUACUUCAACACCGGGGUCAUGGUCAUCGACCUCCGGAGAUGGCGCGUCGGCAACUACCGCCAGCGCAUCGAGCGCUGGAUGGAGAUGCAGAAAGAGAAGAGAAUCUACGAGCUCGGCUCCUUGCCCCCGUUCUUGCUCGUCUUCGCCGGCGAGAUUGAGGCCGUCGACCACCGGUGGAACCAGCACGGCUUGGGCGGCGACAACGUGUUCGGCAGCUGCCGCCCCCUCCACAACGGUCCCGUCAGCCUGAUGCACUGGUCCGGAAAGGGCAAGCCAUGGGACCGCCUCGACGCCGGCAAGCCUUGCCCGCUCGACCACACCUGGAAGUCGUACGACCUCUACAUUGGCGAGAAUGAUUCAUCAGCAUCAGGGCAGUCCCGGUCUGCCUUGUCAUCAUCGGCGGCAUUGCCUGCGGCGGUGUUUUCUUGGUAGGAGAAGCUGAAGACAUACAUACACAAUAAUUCUUUGGUUUGGGGAUGCCGUGGUUCUUGGCUGGUAAUGGAAUUGCCUUGCAAUGCAUUGCCACUGCCACCACGGCUGCUGCUGCUGCUGCAAACGAGCUGCCGCCUUCGGCUGUACAGGACAGUGAGGGGAGGGGCGGUAUACACAUUGCGGUGGUGGCAAGGGGAUGAAGACAGUGAAUAGAGGGAGAGCAAAUUCUUGUUCAGUUGCACUACGAUUCAGAUUGAUUCAUUGGGCUUUGAUUGGUGGAGACUAUCAGGGGUUGGAAGGAAUUACUUGAUUGGUGGUGUACAAUUCUUGGAUAGGAUAAAGGUUUCAGUUUUUUUUGGUCUAAUAGUUCAGAAUUGUUUCAUUUACAUGUCUAUUCAGUACACUCUUAUAAUAUGGAUUAAAUUGAUUUGAAUCAAAUUGAGUGGAUCCUGUUCUUGUGCC